AUGGCAAAGCAGUCCCCAGGGGCCAUGUCGGCGUCAUGGGUGCCCACUGGGGUGUGGGGGGCAGGGGAGGCUUCAUUAACUUUGCCCAGGUAAGCCAAGGCCUGUGCCCGUUGCAGCGUCACUGACCAGCGUUGGCGGAACUGGUGGAGCAGUUUCGCUGCCUGGUAGGAGCUGGGGUCCGCAUUGAAAAGUCUCCUGGCCCCUGUGUCAGCCAGUAGCUUCAGGAAGGUAGGGACCUCGGCGCAGGGGCAGCCGUAUGUCUCGACUGCAAGUGGGAAAAAUCCGACAUACGGAGCCCGAUUUCGGUAAUGGGAGAUUUUCUUGUCGGCUUGCUCCCGGGCCAUGUAUCCGCGUCCUUUUCUAGCGUCCGGGUCCCGGCUGCUGAUGGGAUCUGUGACAGUGACGUCACAGAUCCAGACGGCUCCGGAACUGCGGUCUCGGAGGGCGAGGUCGGCCUUGUGGCCGUCAACGGGGCUGUAGAUGGUGGUCUCCUUGGUGACUAUAAAGUGGUUGGGCAGCCUGGUGUCGAGGAUUUCGAAUUCCUCGGCGCAGUUGCAAGUGCGGGGGGCUGGGAAUGGAAGGCCGAGGCGGAAGGCCAGGGCAAUGGCGAAGUGUGGAGCUUCGAGGCGGAGGGAUGGGAAGAUGGGGAUGGCAUGAAGCCAGUCCCCUGCUCCAUAUCCAGCCAGGGAAAAGAGGCGUUGGGUGUGCCCAGAGACGUCGGCCAGGGGCCCUCCUGACGCUGCUGGGAGGUCAGCCAAGAGGCCCUGGGCUUGGGUGAGGCUGGUGAGGUAGGCUGGGUAUCCCUCAAUUGCGGGGUCGGUUAGACCCAGUCCGCCAAGAGAGGGAGGGAGGGACGCUUGAUCCCAAGUGCGCGCUCGCUCCACCUCGCCCCGAGGUGGUUGGAGGUUGCAGGCACGCAGGAGGGUAUAGAAGAGCUCCCGACCCCAGUCGGACCAGACGUCCAGGGGUAGGAAGUCAAGGGGGGUGGUGCGGAUUAAGUAUGAGACACGCCGAGAUACGCAGCGUGUGAGGAGGAGGGAUGAGGACUGAGGGUCCAUGGUGGCCAGUGUGGCGAGGGGUUCGGCUAGCAGGGCUAGCUGGGUGCGGAGGAAUGCGGCUGUGCCCUCGGCUGUGCCUAUAAAGCUGCCAAGCACGCGGACGCCUUCUGUGUUGAAAGGUAUGCCUGGGGGAAGGCGGUCAGGUGCAGGGUGCUCGGCUGACCACGCCGCGCAUUUCGCGGGGUUGUGGGAGAGACCGAUGCGGUCCAUGGCCGCUGUGAAAUUGAGGAACGCCGAGGUGCAGGCGUCCGGAUCGCCGACGAAGGUGAUGUCGUCGGCGUACGCGAGGCAGAGGACCUCGGGGUGGGCCGCGGCGGUUGUCUGGAGCGCUGGGGGUGGGCUGUCGAACUCAGCGUCGAGGUAGAGCAGGGACGGUGCUCCGUAGGAGAAUUGUAUGAAGGGGAGGAGCGGGCGCAGGGGCGAGGUGUUGAUUGCGUGGAUGAUGGCCGCGCGGUCAACGCUAUUGAAGGCGUUUGAAAGGUCGACUUGUAGGAUGAGUGAGCCCGGGCGCGCUGAGGUAAAGCCCCUGGUGGCAUGGAUGAUGGCU